CCUUGUUUUUUAUAAAAGUAUAUAGACCCUGGGCCACACUGACAGCAGGAACAACAAUCAUACCAGUAGGGGGCAGUGUGACACUGACCUGCUCUGUGCAGAGCUCUGAUGGAUGGAAAUAUGAGUGGUUCAGACGAACCCAAACAACCUCUGAAGUUCAAAUCAGAGAUCAACAAAACAGAGAUAUCAGAGUAUCUCAAGGAGGAAUCUACAGCUGCAGAGGAACAAGAGGAAACCCAGUUUACUACACUGAUAGAAGUGAUGAUGUCACCAUUGAGAAAACCAUUUCCAAUAAAGUUGUUGUAAAACAACAACCCAACUGGCCUCAGAUAUUCAGAGGUGAGACGAUCACUCUGACAUGUGAGGUGCAGGAAGGAGGUGAAACCACUGAGUGGGAGUAUGAAUGGAGAGGACCCAGGACACCCACACAGUGGACACACAAUAAUGAUGUGACAUUCAGAGUUUCUGAGUCCAGCAGUGGAGACUACAUGUGUAAGAGUCGACGCAGAGAUGACUCAUAUUCUUCAACAGAGUGGAGUGAAGCCUUCACAUUGUCAGCAUCAACAGAUCAAUCAAAGGCCCAAAUAACUUCUGAUAUGAGAGACAUUCCAGUAGGGGGCAGUGUGACCCUGACCUGCUCUGUGAACCCAUCAUCAUCAUCUGGAUGGAAAUACUACUGGUACAGAGAUGAGAAAUCCUCUGAAGCCCUGACCACACAAGAUGCAGUUUUCCACUCAAAUGGACAAAUCAGUGUCUCACAGGAAGGACUCUACAGGUGCAGAGGAGGAAGAGGAAACCCAGUUUACUACACAGAGGACAGCCAGUCAGUCAGGAUUGAUCGCAGGGCAGCACCUGAAAGCUCUUCAUUUCUCACUCCUUUGAUCGUUGGACUCGUUUGUGGAGUUUUACUGAUUCUUCUUCUUCUUCUGCUUUUGUGUCGCUUCAAACAGUCAAAGGAUUCAUUCUUUGUCAGGACUCGGAGCACAAAUCAGAGCUCUGUAAUGAACCACAUGAUCAAGGAUGAAGCUCAACACAGUCAAGAUAACUCUACUGUCCAAGGUGAUGCUUGUGUUUAUGAAUCAAUCAAAGACCAUGAUGACACACAAAAUGAUGACAGCCUGUUGUACGCACGGGUCUAUUACACUAAAGCGAAACCUAAGAGACACAAAGGAAAACCAGCUCCUGCAGCAGCUGAUGAAACAGUUUAUUCUGAAGUUAAAUCACAAACAGCUCUGGAUUAAUAACAAGAUCUGCAAAACCAACCGGAUCAGUGACAAAACUGAGUUAAUUCCAUUAGAAGUAAAGAGCUCAUUGGAGAAAAUGAGAUUAUGCACUGUUUUGUAAAAUAAAAUAAAGUCAAACAAACUUUCUUUCAUCAUAAUAGCACCAACUGAUGAUCUGGCUUUGAGACCAGGAUGCUCUUUAGAGUCUUUUUACAUUUAGAUUGCUCAAUAAAUAAACAGCAAAUAAAAAAAUAAAAAUAAACAACAUUUGGAAAUGAAAGUCAACAACCUACAGAGGGCUAAAUGCAGAGACACAUCAAAGUGACAAAAUAAUGCAGCAGGUUUGUCCAUUUUGUCAAAUGUUCAUUGCACCAACUCAGAAUGAUACUCAGUUGUCAGUUUGGCCAACAUGUGCUUGUGUGCAUGCCUGACAAUCUUGGAGCAUAUGAAUAAUGAGUCAAUGGUGUCCUGGGGAUCUCCUCCAAGAUCUGGACCAGGGCAUCUGAGCUCCUGGAGAGUCUGAGCUGCAGCAUGGCAGCUUCAGAUGGAGAGAAGCAUAAUGUCCCAGUUGGAUUUUGGUCAGGCGAGUGUGGGGACCAGUCAGUCGUAUCAAUUCCGUAAUCCUCCAGGAACUGCCUGCAUACUCUCAACACAUGAGGGUGGUCAUUAUCAUACCAGGAGGAACCCAAGACCCACAGCACAAUAGGGUCUGACAGUGGGUGACAGACUCUUGAGCAUGCACUGAAUUGGCAUCCUAGAGGAGUUGGACAUCCUGUACAACCUCUGUAGCAUCCAGGGAUCGUCUCACCCUGCUGUACCUAGUGUUAACUACAUUUUCUGCUACUUCAUCGAGGAUAGACAUUUGAGUGAUGUGAUGCUAAACACUGAUUAAAAAUAAUUACUUAAAUUUUUUUUUGAGCAGUGCAUGUUUACAGAUGUUUCCUGUGUUGUUUCUAAAAUCAUUUGAUGUGUAUGAUAAGCAUACAUGUUUCUCUUCCCCUGCAUGAAUUAAGCAUCACUUGACAUUUUUCUAUAAAGUUGCUUUUCUUCUUUUAACAGCUUUAGGAAAAGAUCAACUUUAAAUUUUAUUUUAUGGAAGCUGCUUGGAGAGCUGCAAUUGUGUUAUAUGAAUAUGUGUUUCCUAUAAGAUAUUUAAUCUCAAAUAUUGUUACAUCUACAGUCUUGUUUGUUGAAAAACAAUUUUUCUUGUUUUCUUGUUUCUGCGCUUCAUUGCUCCAGAUAGAUCUAAUUCACACAUGGCUGAUAUCAUCCACAUAUUUUAGUUUCUGUCAGUGUAAGAUUUAGUUCUUCCUCCCAGCUGUUACCAGGUGCUUGUUUAAAGCAGACUUUUUAUUUUAAGGUGAUUAUCUUAUAAAAUAAAGCAUUUUGAGGCGGCUAUUAUUGUGAGUUGUUGUUAAAUAAACAAAAUUGAUUCAAAUUGACUUGAACGUUUGUGUUCUAAACACUAAAGUAAGUUAAGUGCUAUCAGAUCAUACAUGGCUCAGAGUGGGGAAUGUUCAUGAACAGCUGUACAUGGGAAGAGAAAGACAGAAAUAAUAAUUAUAUGUACAGUGUGACUACAGGAUUUACUCUACUGUUAAAAAUA